AUGCAACCCAGGCAGCCCCAUUUCACUGAAGGUCCAGUAGGUCAGGGUCACCCGGGGUCAUCAAGAUCCUUGACAUGCACAGCAGAACAAUCAUCACCCACGCACACGAGCUGCAACAAGGAAUCCUCCCAGUUGUGUCCGUUUGCGGGCCACAGAGACGCACACUGUCCGGUGUGCCUGCAGACCGCCAGCUUCCCUGUCCAGACAAACUGUGGCCAUCUGUUCUGUGCUCCCUGUCUGCUCGCCUACUGGAGACACGGCUCCUGGCUGGAUGCCAUCAGUUGCCCUUUGUGUAGACAGAAGGUCAGCGUGCUGUGCCGUCUGUUCAGUGAGAGUCGAUCAGACAGGGAGUCGAAGGAGGUUCUCGGGGAAAUCACAGACUACAACAAACGCUACUCUGGAGCCCCACGAAGGAUGACAGACUACCUCUGUGAUGCGCCCCUUCUCCUGCAGUUACUGGCCCGUGGCCUGGGCACCAUGGGGGGGCUGGUGUGGCUGUUUUUCUUCAGGGUGGCCCUCUGUUGCGUGGGGACCAUGAUGUCUUUCUCCUCGCCAUCAGCAAACCCCGUGGAAACAGACCCCUCCCCCUGCGGACUGCUUGGGGUGCUGGACGACCUGGUGGUGGUCAUCUUGCUCCUCACCUGUGUCAUCAACAUCAACCAGCAGAUGGCGCCAGAGAGAGGACACUCGGCACCCACAGCCACACAUGCAGUAUUGGGGAACUCAAUGUGA